AUGCCUCCGACCACGACGACAAUAACGCUGACCCUGACUGGAUCUGCUCUAUCCAAUAGCCCUAACCAGAACAUUGGCGAUAAAGUACCACUAGGAGCGAUCGUAGGGGGUGUAGCAGGAGGGAUUCUUCUUGCCCUCGUAUGUCUUGUGGGAUGGAGGGUUCGGCGAAGUCGGAUGACACACCGCCGUGGCGAAGAAGUGAGAAAAAAUGCUUCCUUCACGAGACAAAACACUCUGCGCAACUCGAGUACUGUAACUUCCACGCUGUGUUCAGAUUCUCCUCCGGCAUGGACACCGACUGCCACAAAGGUGAAGUUCGCGAUGCCUGACAAAGAAAUGGAGGAGAUCCUGGCUUCGGCUGAUAGCCAAGUGGGGGCAAUAAUGUUCAAGGCAGAACCGGAAUCUAUCGAAAAAGAGGAAAGUGGCACCGGAGGGAAGCCAUCGAUGACCCCUUCUAGACCAAAGGCUUUGAAGGCUUCAAGGUCUUCAAACCGACAUCAGAGAGCAAAGUCUGCUUCUGGACGUCCAUCCGAACUUGGCAAUGUCAAGCUCCCCAUACCACCUCCACCAGCUGUACCAGCUCGCAUUCCCCGACAUAAGGUGUCAACCGUCAGCUCGGGAUCCUAUUACUCACUCGAGAGCGGAGAAGAGUAUCCUUCCAGAGGGCCAGCUCGGAUCCACUCGGUAGUGUCAGCUUUGGGAAACUUGAGCGACACGAGGAGCCCCAUGCCUCUUGCCACUAGAAAUUCAAUUUCAUCCUCAAUGUGGUCGUUCUUGUCCAGAACUAGUCGAGGGGGUCGUGCGCCUUCCAAUCGGUUGUCGCAGGCAACAUCGAACUCAGCCUAUUCUCAACCGGAGGAACCUAUUGUGGGAGUGGCUUACUGA